GACUACGCGCGGGAAGAAGACCGACGGCGGGAGUAGCCGGGUAGAGUCGCAAUUUUUCGCUAGGGUUUCCCUUAACCCCUUGAUUCGCCACCACCUCGGAGAUCGAUGGCUGGAGAGACGGGAUCCCAACCGCCGGAGGGGGCCAAGCCUGUGCUGGCGUCCAUGGCGGAGGCGGAGGUGGAGGAGCUGCCCAAGGCCAUCGUACGCCGCCUGGUCAAGGACAAGCUCACCCAGGUCGCCGCCGGCGGCGCCGAGGUCAUCGUCAAUAGGGACGCCAUGGCCGCCUUCGCCGAGAGCGCCCGCAUAUUCAUCCACUACCUCUCCGCCACUGCCAAUGACAUGUGCAAGGAAUCAAAAAGGCAGACAAUCAACGCUGAUGAUGUCCUCAAAGCGCUCGAUGAAAUGGAGUUCCCUGAGUUUGUAGAGCCCCUUAAUACUUCCUUGCAAGAGUUUAGGAACAAAAAUGCAGCCCGAAGAUCAGAGACAACUCAAAAGAAAGCUGAAAAGAGAAGGAAAAUAGAUAAGGAUUCAGUGCCACAAGAACAAAAUGAUGCGGCUGAUGAUGGCAAUGCUGAUGAGGAUUAACAUUUGUGGAAACGGGGCAGUUGUAUACUGAACCUGAAAUGUGCUAGCAUUUUAGUCCCUUAGCUGUUCUAUGCUGUGUGUACUUGUGUUCCAUGUGUCUGCAACCUAAAAUGUUUGAAUACUUGAUAGGAUGCUGUAUAAUCGGUUUAAGGCGCUGUGAGUCAUCAGUUGGCAACUUCCUGUUUCGACCAUAUUCAAAAGAACAGACAUGAGACAUCGACGAAUAUAAAGCACGGAAAUGAGUUUGGUUGAAAUCAGUUUCCAUGCAAAAUCUGUAUUGC